AUGAUGCAAUUGGUUACAAUUGCAUCAUUUUUUGUACUACUCUACAAUUUUUUCGGUACAAUAGCAGCCCCGAGUGAUCAUAAUGCGAUAACGGAUUCUAAUGUGGACUCUUCAGUGAAUGACGAUUUUAUAUUCAAUCUGGCAAUUUCUUGUAUCUUUGGUGUUAAAUCAGUUUCAACUGUUCUGUACACGAGUAAUAUUCCUAAUGGCAAAAUUGUUCAAGUAAACGAAUCCUGCAAUCUUAUUGAUCCCUCGAAACCGGUUUUCUUCAUGACUCAUGGUUUUCUUUCCAAUUCACUCAAUUAUAAUUUUCCUAAUUUUGCCUCUCUAUUGUCCAAGAAAGAUUAUGCAGUGUUUUCAUUAGAUUGGUCUAACGCAGCAUGCUAUAACCGAGUAACAGCCACUAUGAAUCUGCUGGAGUAUCCUCUUGCAGUACGUAACACUCGUGAAGUUGGUACCUAUUUGGCGAGCUACAUCAAAUCGGUAAUGAACGUGUGCAAUGUUCCAUUGAAGAAGAUCACACUCAUAGGUCACAGUCUUGGCGCGCAUAUAAGUAGUUUCGCUGCGAAGAACCUCCAGAAAUCAAAUUACGGUAAGAUUCCACUACUCAUCGGAACUGAUCCCGCGGGUCCCUCAUUCUUAUUGAGAGAUUGCGAGGACAGAUUUUGUAAAACAGACGCCGAACGUGUAGUAGCUCUUCACUCAUCGCUUCUCGGGAUACAAAAAUCUGUAGCUCAUCUCAAUUUAUGGUUCAAUAAUGGCAUUUCCCAACCAGCAUGCCCAUUUUUUUACUUUAACUGCUCGCAUAACAUAGCUGUUGAGUAUCUGGCUACGCUGUUAGAUAAUUGUGUAUAUAUAGGUGUUCCUGUAUCAUCUAGAACAUUUCCGUUUCUUAAUGUCAUGUCUGGUUAUUCUUCCGAUAUUACCAGAUAUAUUGUGGUGGAUAGCAACUUAUUCGACGAUAGCUAUUCUACAAUCGGGGACUACUGUGUAUUCGUUACAUCGAAAUAUCCCUACUACAAGAAGAAGAACAAACUAAAAGAUCUAUCUGCCCUGCUUGGUACAAGAGAAGAGUACAUUGUAUGGGAACAGCGAUGCGACGAUUUCAUAGAAUCUCUGGAAGAGCAGAGUCGUGCUAAGCGUCCGCGAUUAUUAAUCGGAAAGAGACAAUCAGCGAUCGCAUCUAUCGCGAGGCUCGAGAGUUUAAAGGAUUCAAUGCGUGGACGAUUCAUGCAUGUGGGUGCCGGAUAUGGACUUCGAUGGCGCGAGAUUGACACAGCAUUCGAAAAUCGUAUUCUGACCGGUGCGGUGAUAAACUAUAAGCACUCUAGGCACAUAGAGCCUCACCAAUUUCUCGAAAACGCGAGAGAAAUUGUGUUCAAGCGUGUGCGAGAUGCUAUAGAAAGACAUGGAAGUGUGAAAGUGAACACCGCGUUCAACGGCGACAAAUGA